AGUUGACUCAACAACACGCGGACAAUGCGUUUUAGACUGCCGACAAUAUUAUCGUUGGUUUUCCUAACAAAUACAAUAUGUGCGUAUCGUAUACUGGGUAUUUUCCCUAUAAGCUCGAAGAGUCAUUACAACCUUGGAGGUGCCCUUAUGAGGGCAUUAGCAGAGGCUGGCCAUGAUGUGACUGUUGUCACCGUUUUUCCCGACAAUGAAACUCCGAAAAAUGGGACAUGGAGAGAAAUUUACUUGAAGGAAUUAUAUGUGAAGCAACAAGAAUUAUUAAAAAACCAGAUAAGUCCUACGGAGAUGCCAAAAUCCGAUAUAAGUAAGAUGCUGUUCAUGUCCUAUUUCUUCAACUCGUUGGGAGUCACAAUAACUGAAGAAUUAUUAGCAGAUCCAAAGAUGCAAGAGCUCAUUAGAUCCGGCGAUGAAUUCGAUGUGGUGAUUGUGCCCCAGUUCUUGAUAGAAGCGGUGAAAGCUCUAUCCAACCAUUUCAAUGCCCACCUGGUUUUGCUCAAUAACCACGCUGCAAACUCUUGGAUGAACCACCUGGUAGGCAAUCCCACGAUACCAUCUUUCUUCCCGGAAGUUGUACUGGCGUACCCGGAAGAUAUGUCUUUCUUCCAAAGAGUCAAGAACACUGUGUGCAAAUACAUCCAGCUCCUGAGCUACCAUCUGGUGGUCUAUCCUAGGCAUAGCAAAUUGGUCAGUCAGUACAUCUCUGAAGAUAUAGAUUUCUACGACGCCCUGUAUAACGUGUCGUUGGUGCUGUCGAAUUCUCACGAGAGUCUGAGUAAUCCGCAACCUUCUGUUCCAUGCAUGAAGGACAUAGGAGGUUUCCAUAUCAAACCACCAAAGAAAUUACCAGUGGAUCUACAGAAGUAUCUGGACGAUGCUAAGGAAGGAGCCAUAUUGUACAGUCUGGGAUCUAACGUGAGGAGUGUUGAUUUGCCAGUGUCAACUAGAGAAGCUUUGCUGAAGGCUUUUGCUAAAAGAAAAGAAAAUAUUCUCAUGAAAUGGGAGGAUGACGUUUUGCCUGGAAAGCCUGAGAAUGUAAGGAUCAGCAAAUGGUUACCACAGUCUGAUAUUUUAGCUCAUCCCAAUGUGAAAUUAUUCAUCACUCAUGGCGGAUUCUUGAGCACUUCUGAGACAGUAUACCAUGGAGUACCUAUAAUAGCAAUUCCCAUAUUUGGUGAUCAACUAUUGAAUGCGAGAUUAGCCGAAAAUGGUGGAUUCGCUGUAGUGUUGGAUAUUACCGACUUAACCGAGGAGAAUUUGUCAGCAGCUCUAGAGAAAAUGAUAUCAGAUCCAAAAUAUACAGAGAACGUUAAGGAAAGAUCACAGAUUUUUCACGAUCGAAUACACUCGCCGUUAGAAGAAGCCAUUUACUGGAUCGAGUACGUAGUCAGACAUAAUGGUGCAAAACAUUUGAGAGUACCGUAUCCCCAGAUGCCAUGGUAUAAAUACAUCCUCCUAGAUGUUUUCUUGUUCUUUGCCUGUAUUUUAGCUCUAUCUUAUAUUGUUCUUAGAUUCAUAUGUAAACACACGGUAGGUAGAUUGUUUAGGAAAGAAAAAAUUAAAGUACAGUAGAUUAUGAGAUGAAUAAAUAUAUACGAAACC